AUGGAUUAAUAAUAACAGGACUAAGUUUAAUAUACAACUUAUGAGAAUUUGCAAGAUUAAGAGAUUUAAAAAAACGAUCUAAGUGAUUGGAAAUAGCAGUUUUUAUUUAUCGACAGCUUAAGAGCUUAGAACAAAUUUCACAAUGAUUAAUUUAAAAUUUAGGAAUGGUGGGAUUAACUUUAACCCUUAACUGAUAGUAUAAGAAGCAAUGUGUCCAAAAAUGCUUUGAUGCUGAUUAAAGAAACAAUCUAACAAAAUAAUGUUUACGAUGAAAAAAUUCUUCAUAAAUUAUUUGAAAAAUGUGAAAGUGAUUUUAAGUUUUUAAAAAAUGAAGCUUUGCAAACACUUGAAAUUCUAUCGCAUAAGCCAUACUCUGAUUAACUCAUCUAGAUCUUGUGUAAUAUCACAUUAUAGUCCAAUUAUAAAUUACAAACACAUUCUUACCCUACCUUGGUGAAAAUAGUGUUAGCCUCCGAUUUUAAUUGCGAUUGGGACAAUAUUAUCAAAGUUACCGUAUAAGUUUACAAUGGCAAAAGUGUUGAAUGUAAAAAAGCUAGUGACUAACUAUACUUGGCGCUUUAAAAGCAGAGACCAGAAGUAUUAGAAAAGGAAGAAUAACUAAAAUUGAUAGGAGAGAGAAUAAAUAAGAAAGGGCCACAACAAGGGUUUAAAGAUUUCUUAUCAAAAUAAAAGAAAUGAUUCUGAAUUUAUUUAUUUAAAUAAGUAAAUGCUGAUCU